AUGGCUUCCUACGAGCAAGACCCUGAAGCCACCAAAGCGUAUCAAGACGCAUGGGCGAGUUAUUAUGCGCAACAAGCGGCGCAAGGCGGAGGCGGCGGACCACCACAACAACAACCGCAACAAGAUCCGUAUGGCGGAGGACCAGGCGCGCAAGCAAUUGCCGCUGGAAAUCACGCGCAUGAUCCGUAUGCAGCUCAAGGCGGACCUGGUAUGAAUCCCUAUGGACAACAACCGCCACAACAAGGUGGAUAUGGUGGAGGAGGUGGCGGUGGCCGCGGGGGAUACGGAGGAGAUCGUGGCGGAUACGGAGGAGAUCGUGGGGGAUAUGGUGGAAAUCGAGGCGGAGAUCGUGGAAGUCGUUGGGAUGAGAAUCGUGGACCGCCACGUGAUGGGUAAGAUUUUUUUUCAAUUUUCGUCUGCGCCGCGAAAAUAGCAAGGUAUUUUUGAUGAAAGGGUGUUUGAGGGUUUUCCGGGGAUAAAAUCAUAUUUCGGUUCAGUUCAUCGAGUUGUUUAUUGGAAAACAGAGUCAGUCAACGAGUUCAACAAACAAAUGUGUAAUUAUGUAUGCCGGAUUGUCUCCCGUCUUAUUAUCUCUAUCUUGUGCUGUUCAUUUGGGUGUAAAAUUUGCGUAGAAAAUGGUGUAAAAUGGGGCGUAUAAGGUUUUCGGACACACUUCGGCCAAAAUUGUACGCUAUCCUUUUAUCAGUGAAAAAAUUGGCUGAGGUGUUUUGGGAGUAUUUUUAUUUCAAAAUUCGAAUAUUUCUACUUAUUUACCUAAUUAAAAUGGGACUCAAGAGCUUUUACGUACAAAAUAUCAAGAAAUUGUGUUCGGUUGGGAAACUUACAGCGUUUUCGUGUAAAAUUCAAAGAAAAUUAUGUUUUUGCCAUAGUUUGAGCUUUAGGUAUGGUUGAACAUCGACUAAAUGACAUUUUCAGGUUUUUUAAGCAAAUGAGUUGAAACAUUGGGUUUCAAUGUUAUUCAUAUGAUAGAAUGGUCUAAGACGAACAGAUUGAUAUAAAUUUUGAUGACUUUACGUUAUCCAUAAGUGAUUUAGCGAGGUUUAGUCGGUAUUUUUUCGCUAAAAGACUAAACGUCGCUAAAUCACUUAUGGAUAACGUAAAGUCAUCAAAUUUUAUAUUAUUUUGUUCGUCUUAAACCACUCUAUCAUAUGAAUAACAUUAGAACCCAAUAUUUCACCUCAUUUGCUUAAAAAAUCUGAAAAUGUCAUAUAUCCCGGAGUGUUUUUUCUGAAAAUUAUGUCGAAAAUUGAAAAAUGUAGAGGGAUACAUUAAUUUUUCAAUUCAAGAGUGCGAUUCUUUAAAAAAAAUUCAAAAUUUCACUUCUCAAAGUCCCCCCAAAAGUUCUUCAAUAGUUUCUUCCAAACAAAUUACCCCAGGGUCAUCAGAUGUUAUCGCAAAAAUGUUCCUUUUGCCCCGCGUAAGCGAAUUAAAAUCUGUCUAUCGCAAAACAUCAAAAAACAUGGAACAGCACAGCAAAAAAUGAAGAGAUUAUUUGAUAAAAGACGGGAGAGACCGGCGAAACGAAGUUUGGUUUAUGUGUGUACAAAAAUGAAAAAGUGUCGAAAUAUAUUUGGUGUCAUUCAUUCAUUAUCAUGAUGUUGUUGUUUUUGCAGACCAGGUGGACCACCUGGCGGAAGAGGAGGUUAUCAAGGUAUAGAUUAUUGUUAUCAUUUUCUUUUUCGUGUUGUUGUUUUUCUUUUUGUAAAUCUGCUAGAGGGUGGAUUUGAUCUCGAAUGGAGAGAUCAAAUCUGCUUUUUGAGUGGAAAAAUAUCUGCGAUUCUUUGAAAAAAAUUGGAACUAUUAUAAGUUCAAGAAAAAGUUAUAAGGAACAAACAUGUCAAAAAUCUUCAAAUGGUUGAAAAUCUAUCGUUGAAAAUACCAGUUUUGUUUGGAAAUUUAUGCUAAACUACGCGAAAAUCAGGGUUUUGAGUUAAAAAUUAUAUGAAAGUCUCGCAAUUUUUCAUUUUUCCUAACAAUCUAGUUAUAAAAACCCGCUCAAAUCCUGAAAUGGUUGAAAAUCUAUCGUUCAAAAUACAAUCCGAGCUAAAAAGUUUGAUUUUGAGGUGAUAUGUUUGAAACGUCAUACUAACCUACGCGAAAAAGUUAGAUAUUUGAGUUAAAAAUGAUCCUAUUGCCUUAAACGUCAAAAAUUUUGCUGAAAGCUCAGUUUUGUUUGAAAAGUUAUGCUAAACUAUGCGAAAAAACGUGAUUUUUUGAGUUAAUUUCCGAAUAAAUCCCUAAAAAUCUAGUUAUACUAACUUUGCAAACCCCCCAGGUUCAUAUCAAUUUGAUUUUCCAAUCAACAAAAAUCUAUUUUCUCUCUCCAACAAAAAAUUGAUGAUUGAUAACGCAAUGUUAUUUUUAUGUCUUGGUUAAAUAAUCAUGUAGUGCAACAAAAGUUGAAAGUGCGAAAAAAAAACCAGUUUUUCUUCUCUAAAAUUCUGCAUCUCUCUGUCAACAGCAACUAGACUGUAGUUUGAUGAAAAAACGUGUGUUUUUUUUGCAGAUAGAGGAGGACCGAGACGAGAUGGACCACCGGGAGGUGGAUAUGGGGGUGGAGGCCAAAGUGGCGGGGGAUACGGUGGACAAGGUGGAGGCGGUGGAAAUCGCGAGAUUGGAAGUGAUGGAAGAGUCGAAUUGAAGGAAACUGUUUUUGUUCAAGGAAUUUCGACUGCGUAAGUCUUUUAAAAUUAAAAAAAAAAUGCAAAAAUUCCCUACUUUCAGAGCCAACGAAGCUUUCAUCGCUGAUGUGUUCAGCACUUGUGGAGAUAUCGCCAAAACCGAUCGUGGACCGAGAAUCAAGAUCUACACUGAUCGUGGAACUGGAGAACCAAAGGGAGAAUGCAUGAUCACUUUUGUCGAUGCUUCUUCGGCUCAACAAGCGAUUGCUCUUUAUAAUGGACAACCGUUUCCGGGAUGUCCGAAUGCGAUGAGUAUUAGUUUGGCGAAGUUUAAGGUUAUUAUUAGGAGAGGAUUCCAGAGUUUUGCAAAGUACCCUUUUAGAACUCGACGCGCUGAUCACAAUUAGCUUCCGAGCUGUACAGUUUGCUCAAAAUUCGGAAAUCUUGGUUCUGAGCUCGUUAAAGGACCAAAGUGUCCGAAUUUUGAGCAAACUUCGGAGCUCGGACUGGAGUUCGGAAGAUAAUUUUUGUGACAUUGUGAUCAGCGCGUCGAGUUCUAUAGGGGUACUUUUACUAUUUUGCAAAACCCGUUAUGAAGUCCCUUGUUGAAAAAAGCAGGUUAAUAUUUUGUAAUAAAAAAACAUAAUUUUCCUAUGUAGAAAAACGUUGAAAAACAAAAUACACAGUUUAUUGUUUUUGAGUAGUGACAAUGUAAAAUUGAGAGAGUGCAGACAGUUUUUUGUAUUUUUGGGUGAAAAAUCAAUUUGUCUGUCUGCGCUCUCUCAAUUUCACAUUGUGUCUACUCAAAAAUUAUAAACUGUAUAUUUUGUUUUUUCGACGUUUUUCUGCAUAGGAAAAAUAUGUUUUUUAUUACAAAAUAUUGUUCUGUAUAGGCCCAUAAAUGGUCUAGAAUGAAAGAUAUUCAUCCCUAGAUGGUUCUAAUUUAUAUUAGAAGUUGCGAAAAGUCUUUCUCGAUUUUAAAAAGAGGAAUUGAGGGACUAGGAAAUUCCUAGGCUAUUUUUACCUAGUCCCUCCAUUUCUCAAAAGCGGUUCCUCGGGCCUAUUUUCUCGAUUUUAUAGGCCCGAUGAACCGCUUUUGAGAAAUUGAGGGACUGGGUAAAAAUAGCCUAGGAAUUUGCUAGUCCCUCAAUUUCUCUGUAUAAAAAGGGAAAACUUUUUCGCAACUUCUAAUAUAGAUUCGGACAAUCUAGAGAUGAAUAUCUUUCGUUUUAGACCUUCCUGGGUUGCAAGCUAAAAAUUUAGUCCAAAUGAUUAUAUUUUCAGUCGGAAUUGCCACCAGGAGGUCGUGGCGGAUUUGGCGGCCGCGGAGGUUUCGGCGGUGAUCGAGGAGGUCGUGGCGGCGGAUUCAGAGGAGGAAGUGAUCGUGGAGGUUAUGGCGGUGGAGGCCGAGGCGGCGGCGGUUAUAACGAUCGCGGAGGACGUGGUGGAUUCGGCGGAGAUCGCGGCGGUGGUUUUGGAGGUGACCGAGGAGGCCGAGGUGGUGGAUUUAGAGGAGGUGAUCGUGGAGGCGGCGGCGGUGGAUUCCGCGGAGGAGAUAGAGGAGGCGGUCGAGGCGGUGGACACAAUUCGAAUAUGGAACAACGCAAGAAUGAUUGGGAGUGUGGAAGUUGUGGAAAUAACAAUUUUGCGUUCAGAAGAGUGAGUUUUCACUCAACACUUGAUGAAAUUUUGGCUGUAGACAGGUUUUGAGGUCGAAAAAACAUUCUAAACAUUUUAGGACCACUGAGCCAAGUUCAGGGCCCUCAAAAGUUCAAAAAUUGGCUCAUAACUCAAUUCUCGAUGAUUUUUGUGAUCAAAGCUUCAUUUACACAAGUUUGGGCUUCAGUAAAGCUUAAAUUAUUGUUGAUUUACUAAAAGCGCAUCAAAAAAAUAUUUUUUUCGAAAAACUUUGAAUUUUGGAUGAAAAUUCAUGAAAAAUCUCAUAAUUUUUUCAGAAAAAUUUGAUUUUUGACUAAACAAUGUGAAUUUUCAUGAGUUUUCAGCAAAAAUGCAAAGUUUUUCGAAAAAAUGUUCUUUAUCAAUGUACUUUUAGUAAAUCAACAAUAUCUGAAGCUUUGCUCAAGUCCGAAGUUGUUUAAAUGAAGCUUUGAUCACAAAAAUCAUUGAGAGUUGAGUUAUGAGCCAAUUUUGAACUUUUUGAGAGCUCAGAACUUGGCUCAGAGGUCCUGAAAAAUUUUAGGGUUUUUUCUUGACCCCAAAAGUUGUCUAUGGACAAAAUUCUGCUUUUUCACCUGAAAAUAUGAGAAAAUUUCGAAACAGUGAAUUUUUCAAACAAAAUUUGAGCUGAAGUUUUUUUCUCAUUUAGAAUCCUGAAAAUUUUUUCCAAAAUCAAAAGAUGAAAAAAUAUAGGAGAAAUUUGGAACAGUGAACUUUUUUGUUGGAAAUAAAUUCCACGUGGAUUUUUCUGAGAUAAGAUGAGCUUCCAAAAUUUUUUUGUUAAGCAAAUUUCAAAAAACUCACAAAAACCCCAAUUUUUCCUUCUUCAGGAAUGCAAUCAAUGUCAAGCGCCUCGCUCAGAUGGUGGAGGUGGUCGUCAAGGAGGCGGCGGAGAUCGCCACGGUGGCGGACCAGAUCGUCGCGGACCACCAGGAGGCGGUGACCGAAAUGGCGGCGGAAGAGGACCACCAGGAGGCGGAGAUCGAUUCCGACCAUAUUAA